AGUUCCCACGUGGGGUUGAGUAGGAACUUAUGUCGCAUGUGGCGUACAAGAUCUUGCAAUGGUUUUAUAGUAGUAAACACGAUAAAGUCGGGAUUUAGUCAUCCAAAAUGUUAUUUAGUAAAGACGUACCAUGGCGGCGACUGGAGGGCAUUUCUUUUGGCAUGUACUCUGCCGAAGAGAUAAGAAAGCUGAGUGUGAAGGUGAUCACCAACCCCAGAUUCCUCGAUGGUGUUGGGAAUGUGGCCCCAAACAGCUUGUAUGACUUGGCCCUGGGACCAGCAGACAGCAAAGAGGCAUGUGCAACUUGCUGUCAGGACUUCAACAACUGUCCAGGACACUUGGGACAUGUCGAGCUCCCGCUACCUGUGUACAACCCCCUAUUCUUUGAUAAACUCUACCUGCUGAUCCGGGGAUCAUGCCUGGCGUGCCACACAUUAACAUGUUCACGAUCUGCCGUCCAUUUGCUGUUAAACCAGCUGAAGUUAGUAGACAAUGGGGCCAUGCGGGAAGUUUACCACAUCGAGCAAGUUCUCAGCCAGUUUCUGGAGGUGAAUAACAAAGCCACGGGUGAUGAGAUUGCAGAGAUACUCAAAGAGUUCACAGAUGCCGUACUUGUAACUGACGGCAGUAAUAGCAGACCGAUUAAACAUCUUGUUGAGAAGAAAUGCAGUUUGAUAAAUGAUUUCUGGAAAAUCCACAUGAAAACUCGGAAAUGUCCCAACUGCAGAAGAGGGCGGUUUGCCAUACGACGUGAGCACAACAGUAAGCUGAUUGUCACGAUGCCGCCAGGAGACCAAACCAUCGACGGGGUGGGAGACGACUUCAUGGCUGGAAAGAGAGUCUACCUGACCGCCAGCACUGCCAGAGAACACACUAAUAAACUGUGGGAGAAUGAAGGCUUCUUUCUGAAGCAUCUGUUCUCUGGGCUGGAUGACCUCUCAGGAUCAACUGAAAAAGGAAAGGGUUUCUCUCCUGACCUCUUCUUCCUGGAACUGCUAGUGGUCCCACCUUGCAGGUAUCGUCCAGUCAAUCGACUGGGUGACCAGAUGUUUACCAAUGGUCAGACAGUAAACAUGCAAGCUGUCAUGAAGGACUCCGCGGUCAUUAGGAAACUGCUUUCUUUCAUGGCUGCUGAGAAUGAUACCCAGACAAAUGAGGUAAGAGACCUGUUAGGUCUAAAUGAACAUACUGUCUCUACAUCUUUAUCUUGUCAUCCAUUUCAGGACACAGUCACACAGACAGAAGAGACAGACCAAACCAUUCUCUCAGGGAUUCCAGGAGUGACAUUAACAGAUAAACUCUACAACACCUGGAUACGCCUUCAAACCCACGUCAACAUUGUCUUUGACAGUGACAUGGACAAAGUGAUGACAGAAAAGUACCCUGGAAUCAGACAAAUCCUGGAGAAGAAGGAAGGAUUGUUCCGGAAACAUAUGAUGGGCAAAAGAGUGGAUUACGCUGCCAGAUCUGUUAUCUGUCCCGACAUGUACAUAGGAACCAAUGAAAUAGGAAUUCCAAUGGUGUUUGCCACGAAGCUGACCUACCCGCAGCCUGUCACCCCGUGGAACGUGAAGGAGCUUCGUCAGGCCGUCCUGAAUGGGCCAAACGUCCACCCCGGUGCUACCAUGGUGAUAAGCGAGGAUGGCAGGAGAACAAUCUUGUCUCCAACCAACUUGGCACAGAGAGAAGCGGUUGCUAAGCAGUUGCUGACGCCUUGUCCAGGCCCACACAAGACGCCAAUGAAAAUUGUGAACCGUCAUAUUAAGAAUGGAGAUGUUUUGUUGUUGAACAGACAGCCCACUCUGCACAGGCCGUCAAUACAGGCUCACUGUGCACGCAUCUUGCCUGGAGAGAAGGUCCUCAGACUCCACUACGCCAACUGCAAAGCGUACAAUGCAGACUUUGAUGGCGACGAGAUGAACGCUCAUUUCCCCCAGAGCGAGCUUGGCCGAGCGGAGGCCUAUACUUUAGUCAGCACAAACCAACAGUACCUUGUACCCAAGGAUGGAAAGCCUUUAGCAGGUCUGAUCCAGGACCACAUGGUGUCGGGUACCAGGAUGACAAUCCGAGGCUGUUUCUUCACGAGAGACCAGUAUACAGAGCUUGUGUACAGAGGACUGACUGACAAAGCGGGCCGUGUUAAACUGCUAGCACCCGCUAUACUCAAACCACAGAAGCUCUGGACGGGAAAGCAGGUGGUGUCCACCCUCCUACUCAAUGUUAUCCCAGAAAAGGCUGUGCCUCUAAACCUGUUUGGAAAAUCCAAAAUUCCUGGCAAAGCAUGGAUCCAAGUUCCCCCACGAGCAGCUCCAGGCUAUCGACCCGACACCAUGUGUGACUCACAGGUGGUGAUCCGCCAAGGGGAGCUGUUAGUGGGGGUUCUGGACAAAGCUCACUAUGGCUCCUCGGCAUAUGGGCUGGUCCACUGUUGCUACGAGCUUUAUGGAGGGCAGACGAGUGGUCAGCUACUCAGCUGUCUGGCCCGACUCUUCACUGCUUAUCUUCAGUUGUACAGAGGAUUCACUCUGGGUGUGGAAGACAUCCUGGUGAAACCGGGCGCCAACAACAGGAGGACAUGCAUUAUUCAAGAAUCUCUGAAGCUUGGCACAAAAGCCCUCCAGGCUGCAUUCAACCUCCCCCCGAACGUGGAUGAAGCAGAAGCUAAGAGCCGCUGGCAGGAUGCUCACCUCAACCCGGACCAACGAGACUUCAGCAUGGCCGACCACAAAUUCAAAGAAGUGGCCAACCAAGUGAACAAUGAAAUUAACAAGGUUUGUAUGCCAGUUGGCCUUCACACCUCUUUCCCAGACAACAACCUCCAGCUGAUGGUCCAAUCAGGUGCUAAGGGAUCUACUGUCAACACCAUGCAGAUAUCUUGCCUGUUAGGUCAGAUUGAGUUAGAGGGCCGUAGACCUCCACUGAUGCCCUCUGGGAAGUCGUUGCCCUGUUUCCAGCCCUAUGACCCAGCACCUGGUGCUGGGGGGUUUGUUUCCGGAAGGUUCCUCACUGGCAUCAAACCACAGGAAUUUUUCUUCCACUGCAUGGCUGGCAGAGAAGGACUGGUGGACACUGCUGUAAAAACUUCCCGAUCAGGAUACCUGCAGAGGUGUGUUAUAAAGCAUCUGGAGGGUUUGGUGGUACAGUAUGAUCUGACAGUGAGGGACAGCGAUGGCUCUGUGGUCCAGUUCCUGUAUGGUGAAGAUGGCUUGGAAAUCUCCAAGACGCAGUUUCUACAGCCAAGACAAUUUCCCUUCAUAGAGGACAACUUUGAGGUAAUAAGGAGGUCCCAGGGCUUGGAUGAGGUGUUAUCACGCCUGGAUGCUCGGAGUGCCAGUCAACAUUUUGGAGCCAUCCAACGCUGGAAAGCAAAGAGAGAAUUAGUUUGUCCCCGCCGAGGAGCUUUCCUGUUGUUUUCCCAAAAGAAGCUGGCCAAACUGAAGCAUACGGAACGAGGAGCAGUAGAUGCGUAUGGCAGAGACGCGGCUGUUCUGCAGCUGAUUGAUCAGUGGCGUUCUCUUGAUGACGCUGGACGAUCCAAAUACACCAGAAAGUCCUCCCGCUGCCCAGAGCCCAGCCUGGGCCUGUUUAGGCCUGAUGUCAGCUUUGGCUCAGUCUCUGAAAGCUUUCAUGAUAUCACUGAGAAAUACUUGCAGAAUCGAGAGAGGACAAGCGACGGUGACAGAUUCAAACAGCUGUUGCAGUACAAGUGGCAGAGGUCACUUUGUGAUCCAGGGGAGGCAGUGGGUCUGCUGGCAGCUCAGUCCAUCGGUGAGCCCUCCACCCAAAUGACCCUCAACACCUUCCACUUUGCCGGCAGGGGAGAGAUGAACGUCACCUUGGGAAUACCUCGACUGAGAGAGAUCCUGAUGGUGGCCAGCUCCAACAUCAAGACUCCCAUGAUGAGCAUUCCAGUGCUGAACAAUAAGAAGGCCUUGAAACGAGCCCAGAAACUCCGUAGGAAACUUAGCAGGGUGUGCUUGGCUGAGGUGCUGCAGAAAGUGGAUGUGGUAGAGAUGCUGCGCAUCGAGGGUAGCCAUCACUCUAAAACGCGGACAUUUAAAAUCACUUUCAGCUUCCUUCAGCCUGACCGCUACUCUGAAGAUAAGCUGCUCUCACCCCAACAGAUCCUCCACUACAUGGAAACUAGAUUUUUCCGGCUCCUCCUUGAUGCCAUUAAGAAACGUAGCGCCAAGUUGGCGUCCAUCGCUGUGGAGACGAGGAAGGCCUCCCCUGGGGACAAAGACAACGAUGGUGAUGGAGCGGCCGCUGCAGCAGGGGGGGAUGAUGGAGAGGAAGAGCAUGCGAAAGAGAUUGUUGAUGACCAGGGCAAUGAAGGAGACGCUGACGCAUCCGAUGUCAAAAGACAGGACAAACAAGAAGAGGAAGUUGAUUAUGAAAGCGAGGAAGAAGGCGACGAGGAAGGUGAAGAGAAAGAGGAUCUGGGGGAGGAAGAGGAAGAGGUGCAGGAGAUUGAGAAUACCGUGGAGGAUUCCCAGACAGAGUCUACUGAUGUGCGGUUGCAGCCCAAAAAGAAACAAACAAGUGUGAGAGGAAAAGUGUCCUUGGAUGCCAUGAGAGUGAACUCUGUUCUGAGUUCCAACUCGGCAAUAGAAGGCUACCGCUACGACUCCAAACAUGAACUCUGGUGUGAAGUUGAUCUGGCUUUACCUCUGAACAAUGUGCACUUUGACCUGACGUCAGUGCUGUCAACACUGGCCCAGAGCGCCAUCAUUAUGGAAACCAAGGGCCUAACUCGCUGCCUGCUGAGUGAAAGCACCACCAAGACUGGAGCAAAAGAGAUGCUUCUCAACACAGAGGGCAUCAACAUGCACGAAAUGUUUAAGCACAGUGAUGUCUUGGAUAUCAACAGGCUGUAUUCCAACGAGGUCCACGCCAUGGCUAACACCUAUGGAAUCGAGGUGGCUCUCAAAGUCAUCGAGAAGGAAAUUAAAGACGUUUUUGCUGUCUACGGGAUCGAGGUGGACCCCAGACAUUUGUCGCUGGUAGCAGACUACAUGUGCUUUGAGGGGGUGUAUAAGCCGUUGAACCGCCAUGCCAUCAGGUCCAACUCCUCCCCUCUGCAGCAGAUGACUUUUGAGACCAGCUACAAAUUCCUCAAACAAGCUACCAUGCUGGGUUCUCGUGAUCAGCUCGCGUCGCCAUCAGCCUGCCUGGUGGUCGGGAAGGUCGUCAAAGGGGGAACGGGACUUUUUGAGCUCAAACAACCUCUCCAGUAGAGGGGACACUGCAUUGUGCAAUCUUCACGUGUGUAUUUAUACUCGCAGAGAUGGUGGAUUUGUUGCAUCUGCUUCCAAAGUUUGACUUUUUGUUUUGUUUUGGGUUUUUUACACUUGUUAUUGAAAAGCUAUUUACAAUUUUCACUUCACAUGACAAAAACUUACCUGUCUUUUAAGGCUGUGGGAUCAGGUUUUAUUUGUCUUUAGGUAAAAAAAACAAAAAAACACACAUACAUAUAUAUAUAUAUAUAUAUAUAUAUAUAUAUGCAACGUAACAAACUAUUUUUUUUUAUUGGAAUGCAACAAUAUUUACAACAAUUUUGACUUGACAUGAUGAAAGACUUGUUUUAAGGCAGAUGAGAAUGUGGUAUAAGAAAAAAUAAUCAUGAGGUAUAGUAGUACAAUGGAAGAAUACAUACUGGAUAUGAUGUUUGUACAGUGAAGUUUGAACCUACGAUGAAGUGAAUGUUUUGGACACGGUUGUUUUUUUUUUAGUCUUUUAAACAAUGAAAAUUAUACAUUUUGCUAUAAAUUCACCACCCGUCAUCAUCCGGUGCUUUUAUUAGUAAGUCAGUGUUGGGUCGGGGCCUGCUGUAGUCCUGCAUCAGGCGCAUAGCAGCCAACUGGAAGUCAUCCCACCUAUCGUGGGGGAUCCCUGACAUCCUGGCCACGAUCCACUGGCUAAAUGCUGUGCGCUCGUCUGGUUGUCGGGGUGCAGGGGCAGCAGCAAUUGUCUCAAACUGCAAACACACAGGUAUGUAAAGGUAAGUAUAUAAUAUAAACACCAAUGUGGUGUUUAUAUUAUAUGCUUUUCAAUUUGUAAGAUGUGAUGUGCAUGGAUCUAAAUAUAUAUGUAUAAAUAUCUAUAUUAUAUACUUUUAUGUUUAUAUUAUAUAUUUAUACAUGCAAUAUACUGUAAAUAGAGCAAACUGUAAUGUGCAUUUCACACCAUUAAUAUUAACAUUAAAUACCUGUUUACUCAGGACGACCUCGGGCCUGGGCCUGUCCAAGAAAUUCAUAAGAAGGUCGAUCUUAGACUUCUUGCAGGCUGGAGGUUUGGUCUUGCGGCCGGCCGCGGAGGUGGAGGGAGAUACAGAUGCUGGCCUGGUGGGGAUCGAGUGUAGUGACUCUUCAUUCAGUCUUUGCUCGCCCGUCUCCUCCCGCUGAAAAGCGAAAAUUAAGUUUCCUUACUUCAAUUUACAUGUUCUGAAAUUUAAAAAAUGAAUGAUUACAUGUUUGUAUCAUAAUAUAUUACACGUAAAAUGUCCAAUUGUGUAUUGCAAUGUCAUGUUUACAAACUAGACAUGGAUAUCCAUGUAAUAACUGUAUAAAAUCUUUACCAGUGUGGUCUUUACAGUAUAGGUGCGUGGGACAAUGUGGGCCUUCAGGAAGGUGAAAUUCUCGAGUUGCCAUUUCUUCCUUGCUGUGAGAAUUUGGGUAGGCUGCCCUGACUUGGUCUUGUAGAGUUUUCCCACUGAAGUCCGCAUGUGUUUGAACCAGCCUUGGAUCUGUUUUACUGUGGAACGGAAAAAGAAAGUACCAAAUCAUUGACAAUGCCAACAGCUCAGAUAAUCCAUGGUACAUGAUAUGUAUGGUACAGUGCUACUUUGACAACUGUGCUUAUGAAAGAGUUUACACAUGAAAGCAUGCAUGUUUCUCCUGAAAUGUCAUGUAGACAGCAACAUGUGGAAAAUGAGAUUACUUGUUGUGUGGAGUUCCUUGGCCAGCUGCUCCAAGAGUUUAUCCUUCUCUUGCUGGUUCUGGUAAUUUGGGUGCGACUUAUCGUAAAAGGCCGGGUUGACCGAGAAGAACUCAACCAGGCGCUCCUCAUUUUUCGCCGAGAAGGAGCAGUUGGCCUUCACACCCCCUUCUUCGUGUGACCCUCUUCCCGAUCUACCAGCAGCACCCUCUUCAUGUUCAGACAUGGCGUCACCAUCUGACUCUUCUUCGGUCCUCCUUUCCUCUUCCUCUCUGGCCCUCUCAUCCGCCGCGGCCCGUUUUUGGGCCUCUCUGGCCGCAUGCGCUGCCUUUUGUGCUGCAGAUGCAGCUGACCCCUUCUUUGUCUUCGGCAUCUUGGCGACGAAAUGUCCGGCUUGGCUUUUAUAUGUACUGCAGAAAUCAGUGCGCACUACGUGCGUGCGUUGUAAGCACGGCGCAUGUGCUUGCUCCGUACGGUCCACGUGAGUUCUGCGUGCUCAUUGGACAGUUGAACGGGGGACGUACAGACUAAGGAGUCUACAAUAAAAAGGGUGGCACAACUCAACCGCAAAUGAAUGGAACAGAGUGUAGUACGCUAUGGAGGCGAAAGUCCGCCAUGUUGGUGAGCAAGAGAGGUGGGCGGGGCUAGGCGGACAAUAGUGUACAAUGUAUUAAGUUACACACUGUGCAUACACUUUGAUAAAAUGGAUGAAUUUUAUUUACUGAAUAAAAUGAAUACAUAUGUACUUAUAUAAAUGUGUAAAAAUAUGUUAUACUGCAGAAAUAUGGCCUACAUGUUGAUGUCAAACACCUGAGCUGCAGUAUGAAAGAACAGUGUUACCAACGCUUAAUCAAAAUACAAA